UGUAGCCAAUGAGAAAGAACUUCUAGGCCCGCAGCGGCGCUCAUGGGCUAAAAAGGGGCGGGACUGGGAAGCGGUGGGCUCCAGUAAGAUGGCGGCGAGCGGCCUACGCCAGGCGGCUGCCGGAGCCGGCACGGCGGUGAAGCCCAUUUUCAGCCGGGACCUGAAGGAGGCCAAGCGGAGGGUGCGCGAGCUCUACCGUGCCUGGUAUCGAGAGGUGCCGAACACCGGGCUUAUUCUAGCAGAAUUGUCUAUGUAUGAUCUUUGCUGUAUGGGAACUGUGGCCGUCCAGCAGUGUGUCUCUUAUCCUGAAGUGCACUUAUUCCAGCUAGACAUCUCUGUGAAACAGGGACGGGAUAAAGUUCGAGAAAUGUUUAUGAAGAAUGCCCAUGUCACAGACCCCAGAGUGCUUGAUCUUCUAGUCAUUAAGGGCUGAUUGUCUCGCCAGUUGUAUUGGCAUCACUGGGAGCUCCGACAUGGACCAGUAAGUAAAUAAGGAAUGCUACAUAGAAAUAUAAAUUGAGCCAUAAGGUUAGACAUUUGUGGAGCAGAAGCCUAUUGACCGGGAAGCCUUCUGUCUUGGCCAGAUUAAAGGAUAUUUGAAAGGCCUCUGAUACCAUUUGGUCCAGCUCAUUUUCCAGAUGCAGAAGCAGGUGUACAAUAGUCACUUGACAAGUCAGUUUCAAAGCAGAGAACAGAUUCCUGACCUUCAAUGUUGUAUUCCUUCUACUUGACCACUGAGACUGA